AUUGUUUACUACCAGCAGCUGAUUGCGACGAGCUCUGCUCCGUGUAAGCUGGUCGUCGUUUAUUUCAGAGACACCAGGCACACAAUACAAUCAAGCGCCAAAGUAGUAGUAGUAGUAACACGAGAGAAAUACAAGCAGAUCGGUGCGUUCUUAUCGCGGGUUCAGGUGUGACGCUGAAACCGAUGAUGACGCCAGUAGUUCUAACCCAGGCUGGUCCCCACCCUACCAGCGGAAGAGCCGUUCGCCACAUCACCUCCUCUGCUACAAGAGGAAAUGUUCUCCGUGGUGAUGUAAUUCGUGUUGUCACCUGUCGAAGAAACACUGAGCGAAGAGCAAGACACAGCGCGACAUCUACAUUUCGCGCAUGCUCUCGCAAGCAGUUCAUCUACCCGCUCGCACAUGUUCUCUCUUAUUACCUCUUGUUUUGAAUUUUAUUAAUUUUAUGUAUUUUUGUCUCUCUCACAGUUCACAGUUCUCACAACACAGUUCUACCGUGUGUGCGUGCGUUCGCACGAUUGCAUAUUCAGCGAUCCGGGUGAUGCACAGCAACACUCCCACUCCUCGAUGUGCUGGACCAUCUGAUCUUCUAGCUAGCAUUCCCGCUUGUGACGUGCAUACAAACCGCCCACCUCCUUCGCCUGCGUUGCUCAGCUACCAAUAGCUAGCAAACGACAAACGCUCCCCUGCCUCUCACCCUACCUGGUUCUGCUCUUAUCAACUGGCUCAAAACAAGCUUCUAGUGGCAGUGCUGCAGGUGUGUGGAGACGCUGUGUAGUGUUUCCAACGGAAAAAUCGUUUGCUCGUGUGCGGUGCGCAAGAUCUGGCAGGACCAACGCGACCAGCGUCCGACCAGCUGUAUCAACGGGGACGGUGGUCAUUAGCAAAGGGUUGUGGUUGGCAACAGUAGCUAUAUCCUUCCGGUAGCCCAAAAGGUCCUACCACAAGCACACAUACGUACACACACACGCGCGCACGCGCGCGCACCUAAACGAGAAGACAGAUAGACACCAUCAACCAUAACCAUCCCUGCUGGGCCGCGAAAUGAUACCUGCGAGACGGUUUGGCAGAUCUGGUCCGAUCCGACCUCCAAGAAUUUAGCCGUUCAACAGAGCUGCUUAGUGAAGCGGGUGUGAAGCAGCAGCGACGUGUGGAGUGGAUGAGGAUUUAGAAAAGAAAACACGAAACAAAUCUGGCUGUGAACCGACGACCCUAUCAACAACAACACAACCACCACCAUGAGCGCGGCAGUGGAUGUCGAUAGUAAUGUGCCAGUGGAUCCGCGGGUUCAGAUUGAACUGGAAAAGUUGAACGAAGCGACCGAUAACAUCAACAAACAUGAGGUGGAUCUGGACGAAGCGAAGAAUGAGUUUCGAGAGUUGCUGCGUGAAAGCGCCGAGAAGAUCAAGGCCGUCGCGAAGAAAGUGGGCAACUCGAUCGAAGUGGCUAAGCCGUACUAUGAGGCGCGCUUGUACGCAUCUCAGCUUGCGAAGGAGACGCAACAGUGUGCGUUGAACUUUGACAAGGCCAAAUCGGUGCAUGCGGCGGCCAAAGAGAUGGUGUAUCUGGCGGAGCAGGGCCUGGGAGAAAAGUCGACCCUCGAUACGGCCUGCCAGGAGAUGCUGACGCACGCGACGACCCGGGUCAACGAGAGUCAGAACGAGUGCACCGAGAUGCGGAACGUGCUGAAAAUCAGCGAGCUAAAGCUGGAGGUGGCUAACAAUCGGGUGUGCAAGCUGCACUCGCAACUCAAGGGUGCGAUCCGGGCCUCGAGGCCAUAUUACGAGCUGCGUGCCAAUUACAAUGCAUUGCUGCUGGAACAAAAGCAGAAGGUGGUGGAGCUGGAGUCCAAGGUGGCCACGUCGAAGCUGCGGUACAACGAGGCACUCAGCAACCUGGAGCUCAUCUCCGAGGAGAUACAUCGGCAGCGAAAAGCACGGCGAGCCAACAGCACGGACGAUGAUGGUGCCGGAUCGUGUUCUUCUGGAUCGUCAGCCACCGCACACCGCACCAAGCUGCUGGCAAUGCAUCUACCCCCAUUUGGUGUCGUCCAGUCCGGGACGGGUGCCACCGCGUCGGCCGUACCACCGACAGCCCGGAUUGAGAGCAGCGACGAGUAUCUGGAGUUUCCGGCCAAGCUGACGAUGAAGGCGAGCCCGGUGAAGCAGCGUUAUCUAGACAAGCUAGACUGUCCGCACCUUUUGAAAGACUUCGCGCGCAAGACGAGCCCUAGCGCUGAGAGCGACUCGGACAACUGCCAGUACUCGUCGAAUCCGACAAUCGAUGACAUUACCAACAUGUCGUCGGAGGACAUCGAGCAGUGGACGGAGAUCCGUCUGUCGAACUCGAACAGUAGCAGCAGCAGCUCCGGCUACUCGCAGCACAACUCGCUCGUACUGGACGACGCCACGACUCCGCAGGACGAAACGACCGACUCGUCGUCCGACGACAGCCCCAAGGCGAAGGCGCGUAUCAUCAAGCAGAUCACGUACGGCCCACCACCAGCGAUACACCCUCAACAUCCGUCCAGUCACGGCGGACAGCCGUUCGAGGUCAUGGCGCGCCGAAGUGAAGGAGGAGGUGGUAUCACCGGUUGGAUUGCUAAGACGGCCGGCAAUUCCAUCGUUGGCAACGCGGGUCCCACGGUUGCUGGCACUGCUGCUACCAGUGGGCCCAUGGCUAACUUUGCUACUUGCUCCGGUGCGGGUGGAGUCAGUGGAACACGCCGCCAAAGUCUCGACAUCAUCAUCGAUACAGGCGACCGGGUGAAGGACGCGUUCACGCAGGGCAUCCAGCGGAUCGGCAAGUCACUCGAGCGGCGAAACAGUGAGUCCGAGGCCACUGGCGACGACGCGGCAUCGGUUGGGAGCGAUUUUUUUCUCUUCCAGCGCUCGGACCCUGCAAAGGAUGGUCUCUCGGAUGAGCAAGUGGAGAACCUACUUCUAGACCAAGACUGCACGGACAUCUUUCACAAUGUAGUGAACAUAUCAAAGUAAUAGCGGAAGCAGCGUUCGGACCAAUUCUGUCCAUUAGCACCGCAAUAGAAAGAAAGAGAGAGAGAGAGAGAGAGAGAGAGAGAGAGAGAGAGAGAGAGAGAUGAGAGAGAGAGAGAGAGAGAGAGAGAGAGAGAGAGAGAGAGAGAGAGAGAAAGAAGGAGUGCCCAGACUGGUUCAGUUGAGUCAAAGAUUUUGGAUUUUAGACGAGAAUAGAAUAACAAGAGCAACAACAACCCGAGGGGGAGGGUGGGGACAGCAACCGCUGCAGCGGUGAGUAAUAAGCAAUUCUUGUAACCAAAGCAUCUUCAACCAUAUUAAAGCAGCGAUGAGACGCUCGCGCAUGAAUUCGUUCGGUGCUCUAAAACAUUGCUUGUGAGUGCAGUUCGUUAAUCUGUCGCAUUUGACGCGAAAGGGCCAGCAAUAAAGAGAGCAUAAUGAAGCGGAAUAUGUUUAGCUGAGUUGUA